AUGCAUUGUUUGAGUGACUGUGAAGUGGGAUUGAUGUUGAUAAGCAUGGUCUUUUGGAGCAUUCUGGAGCAUAUGGGACAUGAGGAGCAUGGAGGGACUUGGCACAUGGAAGCAGCUCAACUGGAUACGCAAAGGAAGAAGGGAGAAGCCAUCUUGAAGACCAGCUCGACCGUCGAGUUCCUCAACUCGACCGGCCAAGCUUCAACUCGAUCGAGCUGA